AUGAAAUCUCAAGUGCAUAACGCGACGAGCGCCGCGCCCGAAAUCGACCGAAUGCUUGAAGAAACUCAAAGAACCCCGUUCACUGCAAGAAUCACGGAGGCCAGGAUUCCCGAGCCGGGGAAGGUGAGAAUCCCGUUCUACGAAGGAACAACCGACCCGAAAGCACACAUCACCGCGUUUCGGAUAGCAAUGAGACGAGCCUUCACAAAGAACGCCGCUAAACUCACCGAGCGCAAAGUGGAUGCCGGAUACUGCCUGCUUUCGUGGAACAUCUCAAAGGAGCCGCGCUCGAAUGGUUUUCGAGGCAGGAGCGCAAUUCGAUCGGCGGUUUUCAACAGCUCUCCGCUUUGUUCCUCAAACAAUACUCGAUGUUCAUGGACAGAGGAACGUCUGAUGCCGACCUGUGGACACUAUCCCAAGGACCGAACGACCCCGCUUCGAGAUUACAUGGCAAGGUUCAAGGCAGUCUUCCGACGAGAGAUGGCUCUCAACACGCCGCAAACGAUUCAAGACGCUUUGCACCGAUCAUCAGACUUCGUCGUGAACGAAGAGGAGAUGAAAAACUUAGACGAGCAGUAUGAAGCAACGAAAGUAGCAAUCCGAAGCUCAAUUUUGCCGCGCCCCACGAAGAAAGGCAACCCAUCAAACAAUACAACAACGUCAAGCUCGGAUGAACCUAGAAACGGAGGAGCCCAUAACUACCAGGUGGGCGUCGGACGCGGAAGAGGAGAGCCGCGCAACAACACUUGGGGGAGAAAAUCCGCCAACUACGACGAGAAGGCUUUCUGCUAG